AUGAACACUAUCCGGCAGAUCCAAGAACUCAACAAACGGGAGCUUGAGAAUGGAGUCUCCCCAGAAGCUUCAUGGCAUGCGGAUUAUCGCGACACAGCCUAUAUUUACAUUGGAGGAUUACCGUUCGAACUCUCUGAGGGAGACAUAAUUACGAUAUUCUCACAGUUUGGGGAGCCGACAUACGUCAAUCUCGUGCGUGACAAGGAGACUGGCAAGUCGAGGGGUUUUGCUUUCCUCAAGUAUGAGGACCAGCGGAGUACAGACCUUGCGGUUGAUAACCUUGGAGGGGCAGUAAUCAUGGGGAGAACCCUGAGAGUGGAUCACACGAGAUAUAAGAAAAAGGAUGAUGAGCCAGAGGAAGGACAAGAUUUGAACGCGGCCCAGAGAGAGAUCGAGGAUGUUGACGGGGAAAGUAGGAGGAAGAGGCGCCGGACAAGUGAGAGCGAAAGCGAAGAAGAACGACCGAUGCUCAAAGAAGAACGUGAGCUAGCCAAACUCAUACAAGAACAUGAUGAGGAAGAUCCCAUGAAGGCGUACUUAAUACAGGAGAAGAAGGAAGAAGUUGCCUUAGCUUUGGCUAGGGUGAAAGAAAGCAAGCAUUCGGAGAAGAGUCGUAAGCAUCGACACCACCAUCACAGAUCACAUCGGUCUAGGGAAGAUAGUGAGGGAGAAGAUAGUCGGCGGUCUCAUCGUCGAAGAGAGGGCCACAGUCGACAUAGAUCACAUUCUAGAGACGAUCUACGGGAUAGUGAUCCAUAUAGAGAGGACGAGAGGACUCGUCGGAGGAUAUCCGAACGAGAGAAGUCAGAGGAGUAUAGAUCGCGAAGGCGGAGCCCAAGGAGGGAUGGCCACGGACGAGAUGAUGAUGAGAGGAGGAGGAGAGAAGAGUCACCGGGCGACACGCGUCAUCGUGAGAGAAGAGACUCUCGACAUUAA